AUGUAUAGAGGAAUCCAUCCUAGUUUUAUCGACAUAUCUGAAGUACAAUUUGCAGAAAUUCUGUCAACAACAAAUCUCCUCGAGACUGGUAAUUCAAUUUACAUCGAUGGAGAUGUAAUAUACAACAACGACGAAUUUCGAAUGUUCAUAUUCAAAAUCAAGAAAUGCCCGAAAAGCCGAAGUCAUGACUGGACUGAAUGCCCAUAUGCACAUCGUAAUGAGAAAGCUAGACGUCGUGAUCCACGUAAAUUUCGUUACUCAGGGAUUGCAUGCUCGGAAUUCCGUUCAGGAGAAUGUAAGAAAGGUGAUUUAUGCGAAUUUGCUCAUGGGAUUUUCGAAUUCUGGUUGCAUCCUUCUAGAUAUCGAACUCGUUUAUGUAAUGCAGGCAUGUUCUGUAGAAGAAAAGUAUGUUUUUUUGCUCAUUCAGUUGAGCAAUUAAGACCUGAAACUAAGUAUAAAACUAAGCACAGUUGUUGCUCUAAGAAUGAAAAAUCAAAUGCAGUAGGAAGUAUCCCAGAAAGUUCGAGUAGAACUGGGAGGCGGAUGGUUUACACACAACAGAUGGAAUUGGUGAUGAUGAGUAAUGAAUAUUGUCAUCACCCUUCGAGUAUCAAAGAGGAUUGGGAGUUUCUAGACACUUUUAGAGGACUGAAAAUAGAAGAAGUAGAAGAAGAAGAUGAUGAUGAUGACGACAACGAAGGUGAUCGUCAAGUGAUAAGAAAUUUCAGCUACGAUAUUCCAGAAUUGACCCCCGACAUCGAUUGGGUGUCUGAAUUGGUGAAUUGAUCAUCAGGAGUAUG